UGUCACCCCAAAUGGUAGCAAUAGGAAUUUUCGUGACUAAAUUUGUGAUUUUGUUUGUUUUUCACGCUGUUUAUCAACAAAUUGCUUUCUACAAUUAAAAUUUUGUUUAGAUAAAUACUUCCUCACACAAUGAGUAGGCCUAACUCUUUGUAAAGUACUAAAAUCUUUGGAAAAACAUUCAUAGGUCUUAAAUAUACAUUUCGUAAAUUAUUGGAUAAAAUCAUGUCUGUGAGUGAAAAAGUGUCUCUUUCGGAUGCUUUGACCAACGUUGAUGUGUUGGACGAGCUUACAUUACCAGACGAGCAGCCAUGCAUCGAAGCCGCACCCUGCUCCAUCUUAUACCAGGCGAACUUUGAUACUAAUUUCGAAGACCGCAAUGGAUUUGUCACCGGCAUCGCUAAGUACAUUGAGGAGGCUACAGUUCAUGCCAACCUGAACGAGCUCCUUGAAGAAGGCAACGCCCACGCCGUGAUGCUGUACACGUGGCGUUGCUGCAGCCGCGCCAUCCCUCAGCCCAGGUCCAACGAGCAGCCGGACCGGGUGCACAUCUACGAGAGGACCGUGCAGGUCUUAGCUCCGGAGGUGGACAAGCUGCUGCAGUUUAUGUAUUUUCAACGCAAAGCGAUCGAGCGUUUCUGCGGCGAAGUGCGCCGCUUGUGUCACGCGGAGAAACGUCGCGACUUCGUUUCCGAAGCGUACCUGCUGACGCUCGGCAAGUUCGUGAACAUGUUUGCCGUGCUCGACGAGCUAAAGAACAUGAAGAGCUCUGUCAAGAACGAUUAUUCUACUUAUAGGAGAGCUGCUCAGUUCCUAAAAGUGAUGUCGGACAGUCAAAGCUUACAGGAAUCACAGAACUUGUCGAUGUUCCUCGCGACGCAGAACAAGAUCCGGGACACUGUCAAGGACGCCCUGGAGAAGAUCAAUGGAUAUGAAGAUUUGCUCGCUGACGUCGUCAACAUUUGCGUACACAUGUUCGAGACAAAAAUGUAUCUGACGCCGAGCGAGAAACACAUGCUGGUCAAGGUAAUGGGUUUCGGUCUGUUCCUGAUGGACUCCGAUGUUUGCAACAUCAACCGUCUGGACCAGAAGAAGAAGAUUCGUCUCGAUCGCAUCGACAGAAUUUUCAAGAAUUUGGAAGUGGUACCUUUGUUUGGCGACAUGCAAAUAGCACCUUUCAAUUAUAUCAAGAGGUCCAAGCAUUACGAUCCAAGCAAAUGGCCAAUGUCUUCAAGUCCGAACCCGCCCUCGCCGCAGGCGGACCUCAUGGUGCACCUGCCGCAGAUACGCGAGGAGCACCAGAACUACAUCUCGGAACUGGCCCGGUACAGCAAUGAGGUCACGACUACCUUCAAAGAGGCCGGUUCUGACGCGGAAAAUAAAGCUGUAACCGAACUGUGUCUGCGGGGACUACAGUUACUGUCUUCUUGGUGUUCAGUGCUGACUGAACUUUGUUCAUGGAAGCUGUUGCAUCCCACAGACCACGCCAGCAAUGCUAGAUGUCCGCCUGACGCUGAAGAGUAUGAGAGGGCCACCCGCUACAAUUACACUUCGGAAGAGAAAUUCGCGAUGAUAGAAGUGAUCGCCAUGAUCAAGGGUCUUCAGGUGCUCAUGGCGCGGAUGGAGACGGUGUUCGCAGACGCGGCCAGGAGGUCCAUAUACGCUGAACUCCAGGACUUUGUACAGCUGGUGUUGAGGGAGCCACUCAGGAAGGCUAUCAAGAACAAGAAGGACCUUAUCAGAAGUAUAAUAGUGUCGGUGCGCGAGACGUGCGGCGACUGGGCGCGGGGGUGCGAGCCCCAGCAGGACCCCGCGCUCCGCGGCAAGAAGGAUGCGGAGGCCAGCUUCACCAUCAAAGUGCCCAGGAGGAAUGUGGGCCCGUCGUCCACGCAGCUGUACAUGGUGCGCACGCAGCUGGAGGCGCUGGUGUCGGACAAGUCCGGCGGGCGGCGCACGCUGCGCAAGGACCUGGACUGCGGCACGCUGGCGCAGAUCGAGGGCUUCCACCGGCAGAGCUUCUACUGGCCGUACAUGCUGCACUUGGCUGACUCUCUCCAGAAAUGCUGUGAUUUGUCCCAGCUGUGGUACAGGGAAUUCUACCUUGAAAUGACAAUGGGCAGGAAAGUUAACAAAUGCACUGUCCGCCAUCAGCACAACGAAGAGUGUAACGACCUCAUUACAAUGGAGAAACGCAUUCAAUUCCCGAUCGAAAUGUCCAUGCCUUGGAUCCUGACCGAUCACAUUUUGAGGAGCAAGGAGCCUUCGAUGAUGGAGUACGUCUUAUACCCGCUUGACUUGUACAAUGACAGCGCACAAUACGCUUUGACGGUGUUCAGAAAGCAGUUCUUAUACGACGAAGUGGAGGCCGAGGUCAACUUGUGUUUCGAUCAGUUCGUUUACAAGUUGUCCGAGCAAGUUUACGCGCAUUACAAGCAGUUGGCUGCCAGCAUGCUGCUAGACAAGCGUUACCGCGCGGAAUGCAGCGCCCGGGGCGCGGGCGUGGUAACAGCGGCGGGACGUUACGCCUCUUUGCUGCGACAGCGACACGUCGCUUUAUUGGGUAGACAUGUGGAUUUGUGCGCUUUGGUGGCUCAACGUAUCAACGCGGAUAUGCACCGCGCAUUGGACGCCGCGGUCGCCAAAUUCGAAGCGGGCGACAUUACUGGUGUAGUGGAACUUGAGGGUCUUAUAGCCGUCAACCGGCUGUGUCACAAACUGCUCAGCCGUUACCUGACCCUGGACGAGUUCGACGCCAUCUUGCGGGAGUCAGACCACGGCGUGCUCGCCCCCUACGGCAGGAUAGCGUUACACGUAUUCUGGGAGCUGAAUUACGACUUCCUACCCAAUUACUGCUACAACGCCGCUACUGACAGAUUUGUAAAGUGUCGCGGCAUCCAGUUCGCGGCGGGGGUUUCCCGCGAGCGAGCGCAACAGUCGGGACACGCUUUGCUGUGGGGCUCCAAGCAGCUGACGCUCGCUUACAGCACGCAGUACGCCCAGUACGCUGGGUUCGUGGGCCCGCAGCACCUGCACGCGCUGGUGCGGCUGCUGGGCUACCAGGGCGUGGCGGUGGUGGCGGCCGAGCUGCUGGACGUGGCGCGCGGCCUGCUGCACGGCUCGCUGGCGCAGUUCACGCGCGCGCUGCACGCCGCCAUGCCCCGCCACUGCAAGCUGCCCAGAUACGAUUAUGGUUCGCCAGGCGUCCUCGGGUACUACCACGCGCAACUGACCGACAUAGUGCAGUAUCCCGACGCCAGAACUGAGCUGUUCCACUCGUUCCGGGAAUUGGGGAACAUUAUACUGUUCUGUAUGCUGAUCGAGCAGGCAUUAAGUCAGGAGGAGGUGACUGACUUGCUACACGCCGCUCCAUUCCAGAACAUUCUGCCCCGGCCGUUCACUGCUGAGGGCGAAAAACCGGAAACAAAGCAGAAACGCCUCGAGGCCAAAUACGCGGCGCUUCAAAUAGUCCAAAACGUGGACAAGUAUGGCACUGCCAAACAAAGCCAGCUGUCGCGCGAGGGCGACCUGCUGACCCGCGAGCGGCUGUGCUGCGGGCUGUCGCUGUUCUCGGUGGUGCUGCGGCGGCUGCGCGCGUGCCUCGCCGCGCCCGCCUGGCCCGCGCCCGCCGCCGCGCACCACGCGCCCGCCGACGACACCGGCGAGUUCCACAGAUUGUGGUCGGCGCUUCAGUUCCUCUACUGCAUUCCUGUUGGUGAUACACAAUUCACUGUCGAGGAGCUAUUCGGCGAGGGCCUCCAUUGGGCGGGGUGCACUAUCAUCGCUCUGCUCGGCCAACAGCGCAGGUUCGAAGCCCUGGACUACUGCUACCAUAUCCUGAGGGUGCAGCGGGUGGACGGCAAGAAUGAGAACGUCAAAGGAAUCCCACUGAAAAGCAUGGUGGACCGUAUCCGUCGGUUCCAAGUGCUGAACUCUCAGAUCUUCGGCGUCCUGGCGCGCCACCUCGCCGCCGACGACGAGCGCGCGGGCGUCGAACACGUGCGCUGCUUCCCGCCGCCCUGCGCGCCUAACCACUGAGCCGCCGGGGGUUUAACUGAACUCUACGGAAAUCCACGUCACGGAACUACAUUGGCAAAGAGAAGCAUAACGAUAACAUAAAAUCCUUAAAUACUUGCAUGAAGAGAGUUAUGAAUGUGGAAGAAGGUAUGAAGAAUGAAGAGGUAGUCUCUGCCUACCCCUCCGGGAAAGAGGCGUGAUGUUAUGUAUGUAUAACAUAAAAUCACGUCUCUUUCCCGGUGGGGUAAGCGGAGACUACAUCUUUCCACUUGCCACGAUCUCUGCAUAUUUCCUUCACUUCGUCCACAUUGAUAAUUCUCUUCAUGCAAGUUAGGCAGUUUCGGGUACUCUUGACCUGACCCUUUGCCGGGACGUCCUUAAUUUGAUCAAGAUACGUUCGUCUAGGUCUUCCAAUUCUGACCUUUCCCUCCACACUCUCCUUGUAUAUCUGCUUAGUCAACCUGCUUUCAUUCAUCCUCUCCACAUGACCGAACCAUCUUAACGUAGCCUUUUAUAUUCUUGUCACUACAUCUUUCACAUGACAACAUGAAGAGAAGAAUACACACAGUAUUACCACUUUUGUAUGUGACAUUGUCAAACCUUCAUGAGUUUAAUAUCAAUAACGAACACCCUGCCCAUUGUAUAUUGUGUCGAGUUGAUUCAAAAUAAGAGCUACUGUUCAUUCUCUUCUGUCAUCAGCUGUGUCAUGUACUUGUGUGUUUCAAAGAUUUCAUCUAAAAGAAAUAAACUUAAAACUAUAUAUAU